UUUGUUUCAAGUUUGUUUUUGUCUCAAGUUUGUUUCAAGUUUGUUCUUAAGUUUUCUUUGGUAUUUUUUUCAAGUUUGCACUUGUUUUCUUUUACAAGUUUGCUAUUUCGACAAGUUUAUUCAUAAGUUUUCAAGUUUAAUCUCAAUUUCAAGUUUCUUAUUGCUUCAGGUUUUAUACCAAAAUUUAAUUGCUUUUAUCAGCCGUGGAUUGGCUUCAAAAAAAUUUAUUGGCCGCUGCCGUCAGUAUUUCUCCUACUCAUCGAAGCUCAUCAUCCCUUAAUUAUAGGAAGAAUGUUCAAGGAAAAUCGAAUUCUACUCCUAUUGUUGAUGUUGACCAACAAGUGGCAAAUUCUCCUAGCUCGAAGCACUAGCAGUAGUGGGAGUGGAAGUUGUUUACAUGCUACAACAUCUACAGCCGUUGCUGAGAGUUGCUCAAGUUUCACUCCAGAAAAGAAGAAUACUUCAAAAGCUAAUAUUAAAACAACACCCCAGAAAAGCCCAAAACACCUUCCAAAUUCUAAUGAAAAAAUAAAAAUAAAAGAAUUUCAAAAAAAGAAAUUAAAAAAUCAGCAACAAAUAAAUAAUCCAAACAAUUAUUUUAUUGACGAUGAACUUUUUGGUAGUGGAAAGGAAUUAUACACUUCUGUGGAGACGGAAACUACAGGAUUAUCAUCAGCUCAAUCUGAGGAGAAAAAGCAAAGAAAUGGGAGCGUUCCUAAAAGUAAUGGGACAAGUAAAUAUCAUCAUACAAACAAAGCUUUUCAAUGUAGGUUUUUGUUUAGGAUAUGUUUUGUUGUUGUUGCAAACUUAAAACAAAAAACUUAA